GGCCUUCUUGUAUAUGCACCAGUCUGCUGUUUGCCCAUCAGCUAAUUAAUUAUUUGCAGUCGUCAGCAUGGAGGCGUGGGACGAGCGAGUGGUGCAGCCACUGUCGAAGCUGACUGGAGAAACCACGGAUGUCGUCCACCUAUUCCUUUGCAUGGUGGCAUGUUUGCCCGUCGCUCUGUUCCACCGCCUGUUUUUCUUUCGGGUAUCACCAACUAUUCAACUCACCUCCCCAGAAUCCCAUUGCCAAUCUGCCAAUCUGUCAUAUCAGCUUUCCAUGCCAUUGCGUGAAGCAUCUAUACUUCUUCAUCACGGGCGCUGGCUUGUUUACUGCGUGGCUAGGAUGGGAUUCCUUGCAUCUUGCUAUUCCUUCGCUCUUGGGAUACGUUCUUGUGUGCGUCAUGCCGGCUGGAACUCUGCGAUCAUCCAUUUUCCUGAUCGCGCCACUGGCUCAUCUUGUCUGGGGAUUAAGUACGUACGCCUCUGACGAGUACAGUGUUGGCUGGAUGACACCAGCGUGUGUCAACGUGCAGGCACUAUUUGCCUUCUGCAUGGAUGUGACUGACAGUCGCUUGCCACCGGAGAAGAAGAAUGCCGAUCAGAAGAUGCUGUCCAUUGCUAAAAUUCCGUCGCUGAUUGCAUACCUUGGCUUCAAGUUCAAUCCCCUGACUGCAGUUGGCGGACCUAUGAUUAACUUCAAUGAGUACGAAAGAUUUGUACACGGCGCUCACCUGAAAGACUUCGAUGCAAAGAAAUAUUCACUCACACUCAGGAGUGUCAUGUCAUGCUUGAGAUGUCUUCUUCAGGCAGUGCUGGGUGUAGCUCUCACCUUCGUCGGUGUGCUCAUCGUGCCCAAAUCAAUGUUUCUGGCCGAUACAUUUGAGGAGCGCGAUUUGGUGACUCGUAUUGCUUUGCUUACGAUACACGGAAUGUUGGACCUGUGCAAAUAUGUCGGUGUCUGGAAGCUUGUGGAAUCGGCUGCUUGCCUGUGUACCCUGGGUUACAGUGGAACCGAUGCCAGCGGUCCCCAGUUUCAUCUGUGCCGUCAGGUGCAUUUUGGACAGCUAGUCUUGCCAACCAACUGCGCAAUGUACAGUGUCAAGUUCAACUGUGCUACACAUCGCUUCGUCAAACGAUACAUCUUCAAGCGCCUGGCCUUCUUGGGAAAUUGGUACGCAUCUCUGCUGCUGAGCACCAUCUACAUUUCCAUAUGGCACGGCGUUCACUUUGGCUACUUCUGGACUUUCCUCAUCUGCGAGUUCCUAACGCUAUUUGUGGAAACACGCUAUAUCACAGUGCUGAAGAACCUAACAGGUGUCCAAUCACUGGCAUCCCUGCCUCUGGUACCACGUGUGAUUGCACACGCGCUGUGUUCCACUUACACCCAUAUGGCCAUCGCCUACGGAUACAUCGGCAUGUCCUUUCUUGGCUGGGGCAAAGUUGUUCUGGUGGCUACCCGCGUCGGCUUUUAUUUCCAUGUUUCUUGGGCAGUGCUCCUGUUGGUACAUGUGUUCCUGCCGGCGAGCUGGAAGUCUACUCCAGCAAAGCCAGUGGCUAGCGCAAAGAAGACAGACUAAAGGAGAACAACGAUGGAUUCUAACGCUUACAAAGAUUCUUUUCAUGCCGCUUCUGACAGUUAUUUGAAGACACCCGUACAAGCAGCUAAGCAAAUGAGCGCACUGCCUGAAUUUAUAUUUCUUGUCUCUUUUGAAAUUACCAUUUUCUUUUCCUUCGCCAUGUAUCGAGCCAGGCAAUUACGAACUGGUGCGAAUGGCCGAGGGUGCAAUGGCAAUGUUUCACUUUGUACAUCUUUACUAGCCUGUCUGAGGCACCACUGCUCGUGCAUCUGUUUCACGCCGAGCUUCUAGGGAUUAUGGUCCAAUUUAUGGAUAACUAUAAUUAUUUUUGAUGGCCAUGGGAAAAAAGGUUUCUAGCUUUCGAGUCGUAGGUUGGCAGCGGCAGCUGCUUCGUGCCGUACGUUGUGCAUGGCAUGGAUACUCAUGGAUGUGUACAAUCUAGUCUUCUCCUCCUGAUCAUCUCGUCUCUGCUUCUGCUGCUCUGCCCUGCUGAGGCAGCCGGACCAAGCAUUCUUCUGUUGACAGUUCUCGACCGAUCCGUCUCUGCUGCAGCCUCUCCGGUGUCCGGCUUUGCUUGCUGUGAACUCGCAUCUGCCUCCGCCUGCCGAGAUAUGUCAUUCAAUACAAUGCAGGGUGUACUGCUGCUGUCAAGUGUAGAUCUACGUAUCCCCCCCCCCCCCCAAGAGUGUGCAACUCCCGCAUACCCUGCUGUCCUGGCAGAAUUUCAAGUUGACGUCAUUUGUAUGGUUUCAAAGUUACGAUGCAAUGCUCCUUGCACCAGUGAAUUAUGACAACGGGGUGUCAAAGCAUAUCACACAUGAUUCCUUGAACUAGUUUGUACAGGAAGUUGGACGUGGAUAGUAAGCUAAUGUGAUCAUGG